AUGCAUUUUAUCUCCGUAGCUUGGGUAGGUUCUCUGGCUUAUGCAUCCGGUAGUCUCUUUGGGCCUUUUGUUGGACUUCUCUGCGAUCGAUUCAGCCAUCGCAAAGUUGCAGUGGGUGGGGGGAUGUUAGCUUCCCUGAGUCUCUUUGCAACAUCUCAAGCACCCAGUUUAACAAUGAUGUACUUCACCUUUGGUUUGACAUUCGGCCUCGGUUGCAGCUGUUUAUAUUUCGUUUCCCUGACCAUAUUACCCAAGUACUUUCUGAAGAGACGCGCAUUAGCAACAGGACUGGUUCUUAUGGGUCCUUGCGCAGGCUUGAUAGUUAUGAGCCCCAUCAUUCAGAGCCUGUUAAACGCCACCACAUGGAGGGUCACAUUAAUAGCCAUGGCGGGAAUGACGCUGAUCACAUGCUUUCUAUCAUUCUCAUUUGAUUCGAACGUUCCAAAAGAUGAGUGUCAAGUUAUAAAGACAGUGGAUGAAAGCUCUGAUGUCAGGUCUUCUUUAGUUGUAUUGACCUCUGCCAGGAAAGCUGAAUCAUCCCAAUUAUGUUCAACUUUAAUCUUUUCCUACUUGAAGAAUAAGGAGUUUGUGAUACACUUGAUUGCCAGCGUCACUUGUUUUUGUGGUCUAACCAUUCCUAUUGUCCAUAUGGUAAGUUUGCACGGCGUUAGGGAAGUAAUGUAGUCAAACAACUCUGGUCAAACUCUAAGUCAUGAUUUCUGCGUCUUGAUAGAUUAAGCCUUUGAAUUUAUUUGAAUCAAUGUAACAUUCUGACGGACUGCCAAUCUACCGCCCUUCCCUUAAACCAACAUUGUGUUAUAGUGUGAACUUAAUGGGUUAGGGGAGCGGGGGUAAGUGGAAAGUUUCCGAGGAUCUUACUAUUGAUUCUUUUUGGUUGUAAUCCAUAGUAAUCUCUGCCAUCCUAGGUAGCACUUAGCCCCUUAUGGCUUAUUACUUCCUCUUUGGCUUAUUCCUAUUCAGUUACUUAACUAAUAUUUCGAGUUUUCCUUCAAUUCUAAGAUAAUUUUCUACGUGACAAAAAAUGGAUCCAGUUAUCGCAGGCUAAUUACAAAAGGGCCAAGAAAACAAAUAACGAGAACGCUUAGAACCAGAUAAGGCUUAAACCAUGCUGAUAUGAUUUUUGCAACGAUUCAAUAACAUACGUUCUGUUGCACUUAUACGCCAUGAGGUUCAAAGAAGACAAGAUAAACCCAAAAUUGCAGCCACUGUGGCUGCUGGUCAUAUCAUCUACUGCUACCAAGUGCAAUUAGACUUUUAAAAUUUUGGCUUCUCCAGUUUACGGAGGGGAAAAAUUACCGUGUCAAACUGGACUGUAUUUUUGUUUACUCUUCAUCAUUUCAGUUUUGUUCUUGUUUGUUUUUACUUUGUUUUUUUUUUACCCAGGCUCGUUAUUGCCAAGAACAAGGAAUAGACGCAAACCGAUCGUUUGUGAUGUACUUGUUCAAUGGGGUGGCAUCAGUAUUACUCAGGGCUCUGACAGGACACAUAUGUGAUAUAAAGAAAUUAGAUCCCAGAUGGGUCUUGCAAAUAGCCAUGUUCCUUGCGGGAAUCAUUUCAGUACUUAUGACACAUUUUCGCUCAUACAACGAGUUGUUUGCGUGUUUUGUUCUCUAUGGGGUUAUGGAUGGCACUAUAGUUUCCUCCUUGAACAUCUUGGCUCUUUAUACGCUCUCACCGGAGGAGAGACCUCAAGGGUUUGGAUUCUUCCACCUCUGUAUUGCAUUUUCACUCGCGGCCGGUCCACCGUUUGGAGGUAUG